CUUUAGACAUAAUGAUAUCACAGUUGCAGAGACUAAAGAGUGCAUCAUCAUCAUGGACUCGAGAUCUUACGUGUUCUUCUUUGGUUUAUCAUCUCUCACUCUGAUUGCUCUUGCUUACGAUCCUGACACACUUCAAGAUCUAUGCGUCGCAGAUCGCACUUCAGGGAUAAAAGUGAAUGGUUUCACUUGUAAGCCUGAAUCAAACAUAACCGCCUCUGAUUUCUUCUUCGCCGGAAUCGGCAAACCAGCCGUCGUUAACAACACCGUCGGAUCCGCCGUCACGGGAGCUAACGUAGAGAAGAUCGCAGGGCUCAACACGCUCGGAGUCUCCCUCGCGCGUAUCGACUACGCUCCCGGAGGUUUAAACCCGCCGCACACGCACCCUCGCGCCACCGAAGUAAUCUUCGUGUUGGAAGGCGAGCUUGACGUCGGCUUCAUCACGACGGCGAACAAGCUCUUCGCUAAGACGGUUAAGAAAGGAGAAGUGUUCGUCUUCCCGAGAGGACUGAUUCAUUACCAGAAGAACAACGACAAAGCGAAACCAGCUUCGGUGAUCUCGGCUUUCAACAGUCAGCUACCGGGAACUCAAUCUAUGGCCGCCACACUUUUCACGGCGUCUCCGCCGAUUCCAGAUCACGUUUUAACGACGGCAUUUCAAAUCGGGACGAAAGAGAUCGAAAAGAUCAAAUCUAAACUUGCGCCGAAGAAAGGCUAAAAUUCGACGAUCUUAUUAUAAAUUGCAUUGUUGUAUAUUUUUAUUAUUUGAUUUUUGAAUAAAGGGAAAGAAAAAGCUUAUUGAUCA